UUGACCAUGGUACAGCGAGGUAGUAUAUUUGACCUCACAACCCUUAUAAAUAUGCGAUGGGUGCAUCAGUUGUUAUGCACCAAAUAACUACGUACACACAAGGUUCCCUAGCUUUGAACGUAUUCAGAUAUCUCAAGUUUAAGGAAUAAGGAAAAAUGGCUUCAGCACAGGCAAUCGCAAUGAAUGACAAGGAGAAAGAAAUGGUGGUUGCGAUGGUAGAACAAGCAAAGAGCGUCGGCAAAACCAAUAACAUGAAAUUGGGUGCUGUGAACCAGCAAGCUAAUCAAAACAGUGCGGUUGUCUAUAUUAACAAUAGCACCCCUGCAAAAAUCAAUUUUAACCAAAAUUUGAAUUGGGCAGGGAGUGUCAUUGGUACCCCAUAUCCUCCUACGAUUACCGCCAUGUCGUCGGCUUCCUUCACCCAUGCUGCGCAGCCUAUCGACGGCUCCAAAGGAGCCGUGGUGUACUUCGGCAGCAACAAGGACGGAAUUCCUUCCGGAUGGCUUUUGGCUUGGUUUGCACCCGCCAAAAUGACCCCGACCAAUCCUAAUAGGGUACAUGUUGAGUGUGGUCCCAGCGCUAAGUAUGGUUCCGUAGAUUGGGACGUAAUCAAAGCUAGGCUUGAUGUAGCAGACUCCUACAACAACCACUUUGACCCAGUUACUCAUACCACCAUUGCUGCCGAGAUCACUCCAGGCGGCAGUUUCGCAGCGAUUGGUGCGAAUUUUGGAGUUUUUUAAAUGAAUUACUACUCCUAAUAAGUAUUACGGACGUAAUUAUGGGUUAUUCCUAAUGACUAAUAUGCAUGGUAGCUCGAUCUUAUCCUUCCAAUCAAGCUAAGCAUAUUAAUUAUUAUAUACGAAUAAUACUAUUUCAAUAAUCAUGGCCCUUGUAUCUUUAAUUUGUAUUCCUAAUGCUUAUAAGUUAUCAUAUUAUAUUUCUAUUUCUAUA